AUGUGGCGGCGGACAUACCUGUUCCUCGUCCUGGUACGGUUGUGGUUUGCGCUGUCGCCCAGCUACCUGCACCCGGAUGAGAACUUCCAAGGCCCGGAGGUCAUCGCAGGCCAAAUCUUCAGCUACCCAGUCCGACACACAUGGGAAUUCACAAACGAGCACCCUAUACGAAGCGUUUUCCCGUUAUGGCCCGUUUACGGUUUGCCGAUGCUACUGCUGCGUUGGCUAUGGAUUGGCAACGGCCAAGACGGAGAGAUCCCUCCAAUCGCUGUGUUUUGGGCCCUGCGCGUCCUGAUGUUCCUCACCAGCUUCGUCCUCGAGGACUGGGCCAUCCACGAGCUCAUUAGCUCCCCGCGACACCGUCGCGUUGCUGUGCUUCUGGUCGCAUCCUCGUAUGUGACCUGGACCUACCAAACACACACCUUCUCGAACUCGGUAGAAUGUUUGGUCGUCGCAUGGUGCCUGGUAUUGAUCCAGCGCAUUGUCGAGAGCCCGCAACAAUCAUCACUUCUUGCUUCUACGAUACUCGGAAUCGUUGCCGUCUUUGGAUUAUUCAAUAGGAUUACUUUCCCGGCUUUUUUGUUGAUUCCGGGCCUUCGCUUGAUACCCCAUUUUCUCAAUAGACCCCUGUCACUCACCGUCAUGGUGUUGGCUGCACUUACGACUGCCCUCGUUGCCAUUACCCUGGAUACGGCAUUCUAUAUUCCUGAGCCCAUCAAAUGGGCAGACCUAAUUUCCCGCCCCGUCAUCACGCCACUCAACAACCUCAAGUACAACAUCGAUCCCGAUAACCUGGCUCAGCAUGGACUGCACCCCUGGUACCAACACCUGUUGGUCAACAUCCCCAUGCUGAUCGGGCCAGCUGCUCUACUGCUGUUCACCCAGCCGCACAUCUCUUUGCGGCUGUACUCGGCCAUCUCUGGCGUCUUUGUGCUGUCUAUCUUCCAGCAUCAGGAGGCCCGAUUCCUGCUACCAACAGUGCCGCUGAUUCUCUCGUCGGUCAACCUCCCCAAGAACCGCAGUGUUCUUCGGGUAUGGAUAGCUGUUUGGAUAGGCUUCAACUUCUUCUUUGGCAUCCUCAUGGGCAUCUACCACCAAGGCGGAAUUGUGCCUGGCCAGGUAUUUUUAAGCAAACAACCGGACGCAACCCAGGCCGUGUGGUGGAAGACUUACACACCACCCAUCUGGCUUCUUAAUGGCAAGAACGAAGUUCUUACUACCCGCGAUGUGAUGGGUAUGAAAGGCGAAAAGUUGCUCGAGGAAUUGGACAAGCUCGCAACAUGCGACAUACCAGCAGACAGACGUAACUCAGAGUAUCUGAAGGAGAAGAACGGCACCUAUCUGAUUGCACCGGCAUCGGCAACGUGGAUCGACCCUUUCCUUCCCAACAAGGGCCUUAAGGGCCUCCGUUUCCGCGAGGUAUGGCGGUACAGGCAACAUCUGAACCUCGACGACCUCGACUUUGGCAACGAUGGUGUGUGGAAUACACUCACGCGAGUAAUUGGGAGGCGCGGCCUCGUCGCGUGGCGCGUCACGAAGAGUUGCAAAUGA